UGAUGAGAGAGAGAGCGAGAGAAAGAAAGAGAGAGAGAGCUAAAUGUGGUAGAGCAGGGGGGAGUGUCUUUAGUAGAUAGGAUGAGUAUUUCUCCUACAGAAGAUCUGAUACUUCACAUCUUUUACGAGAGCCCAAAGGACGUCCCACUAAAUCAGGUUGGCUGUGAUGAUGGAUUUUUUUCGGAUUGAUGAGAAACCUCUAAAUGUCCUUGCCAUUGGUCCCCUACGGGCAAUAUAACACACAGAGUAGAUCUUCAUCAAAAAAACGUGACAGACAGGACGGCAAGUCGGAAAAACGGAUUGACUGAGAAAAAGAGAACGUCAGGUUGAAAAGAAGAAACAAGGACAUAUUUACAACAUAAAAAGAUUGAUAAUUUGAAUGGUAGUUCAUAACAUCUCAGUUCCUCAAGAGUUUGCAGAAGACAACCUGUCAACCAUCUGCCCCUCAUUUUAGUUGAAGAUAUACCAAGGAAUAAUGAAGACAAUGCCGCCCAACUUUGGCAGUUUAUCUGCUGGGCUGCCCAUGCUAUUGACGUGUCUGUUUAUUGCAAUGGGCCCUGUAGUGGUACGAGGGCAAAAUGACACUGAGCCCAUAGUACUGGAGGGUAAAUGUCUGGUGGUGUGUGACUCUACACCCUCUUCAGAGCCGGCGGGGAAUGCGUUGGGUAUGUCAGUGCGUUCGGGUACCGGCCGAGUCGCCUUCUCCGCCACACGCCAGACAAACCAUGAACCCACAGACAUGAGCAACCGUACCAUGAUCAUCUACUUUGACCAGAUCUUGGUGAACGUGGGUGGUCAUUUUGACCAGGAGAGCAGCAUCUUCCUCGCUCCGAGACGAGGGGUGUACAGUUUUAAUUUCCACGUGGUGAAGGCAUAUAACAGACAAACCAUACAGGUGAGUUUGAUGCUGAAUGGAUGGCCGAUGAUCUCAGCCUUUGCUGGAGACCAGGAUGUGACACGGGAGGCAGCCACUAAUGCUGGGCUUGUGAUCAUGGAGAGAGGAGACAAGGCUUACCUCAAACUAGAGAGAGGCAACUUAAUGGGAGGCUGGAAGUACUCAACCUUUUCAGGCUUCCUGGUCUUCCCGUUGUAAAGAAUGAUGAUGUGAGAGAGACAAGAUGGAUACAGGGUUACAUGCUUGCAAUAUGGGGAAUAUUAAAGGGCACCUAUUAUGCCCAUUUUUACAAGAUGUAAUAUAAGUCUCAGGUGUGCACAGAAUGUGUCUGUCAUUUAUUCUAUCACAGAUUAUUUCUAACAGCAUGUCCAAAAUGCCCCUAUUUCUAAAAUGCGCUGUUUUAAUGUGUGUACCUUUAAAUGCAAAUGAGCUACUGCCCCCCACUCCCUUACCGAAAGAAACAGCAAGUGCUUUCAGUUAAAAUAGAUAUGAUUCCUGUGAAAACACUCUUAUGUCACUAUUAAGAUAUGGCAGACUGCAUAUUGCUUGCUGAGGAUGGAAACUAUGGUAAUGCAGGACUGUCAGUCAGUGGCUGUGGGUGGGGCUUUAUCAGUGUGACAUCACAUUAACAAGAAAAUCAAAACGGCAUGUCUAAUGAAACUGCUUUGUUUUAUUGUAGAUUUAAAAAGGAGUGGGUGGAUUUAUUUCAAAAACACAUUUAUAUCCAAACACCUUGUAAAAGGGGAUUUUGCAUAAUAGGUGUCCUUUAAUAACAGGACAGAUGCCACAAAAUCAGUGCUUGUGUUUGUUCUUUUAUUUUUUUAGGUGUGAGAGCAUUUAAAACAGAGAUAUUUAUUCAAAUUAAAUAUCAAAGUGACUAAUUAAAGAUUAUGAUUGUAAUUGUCAGUAAUCAUUUGUUUGAAUAUCUGUUAUUUUUUUCUAUUACAUUUUUCAAAUCAGGUCUGUAUGCUAAUCAGUGGCGUCUCAUGACUGCUCAUCCGAGGGGUUCGGUGUGUCGUGUGUUGCUUGCGUUUUCAAAAUAUGUGUUUGUUGCGUCAUGUGAGCCAUGUGCAUCAAGUGUUUUGUCAAAAUAAGUGCCUGCUGCACACGUCAAAACCAAAAUUUUGAAAAGAGACGUUCACAAAAUACACGCAAGACACUCCCUUAACAGUAAACUCUGAUUACGCAUGAGAUUUAUGCGAUUAUCUGGCAAACGCGAGUGUCUCUUUUAUCAUAAACCCUUUAGAUGCGUCUGCAGCAGGCACUUAUUUUGACAAGACAUGUGAUGUACACAGGAUCACUCGAUGCGCUGAACACAACGAACCACACACAUGACGGGUUACAUACAUGUUGUGACGAACUUAGCAUCAAGCGCCCUCGAAAAAAGAAGUCACCGUCCGCCACUGAUACUUAUAUGUAUUUCUGAAAACAAGUAUUUCUCAAGUCAUAGUAAAAGUGCCCCUAAGAAUAAAAACUGUUUAAAAUGAUGAAUUUCUUUAACUUUGAUCAAAACUGUUCAAUUACUGAAAUGAUAUGUAAUCACUUUAAAAUAUGGCUUAUCUAAAUUUGCUUAUGUUUGCCUGCUUGUUGAGCUAGGUGUGUGUAUUGUAAUUAAAAAGUCUUAUUAAACAUAA